UUUCUUCAUUGUUCAACAGGUACUUUAGCCCAUAAAUUUCAAUAUGACUGUAAAACUUGCAAAUGUGGAUGAGAAAACGCUAGUAGCAGAAGCAGCAGCAACCUCAGAUCAACAGUAUAUAGCACCGCCUGCACUUUCAGUUCAUAGUCAUCCUAAUGAUAAUGAUAAUAGUCACUGCCAUCAACAAUUUGAAACUGUAGACCCAGAAAGUGUAUCCUCUUAUAAAGGAGAUCAUGAUGAGCAACAACACUUAGAAACACAAAAAGAAGCCAUUGUUUCGACGAAAAGAAAUGUAAAACCUAGUUUGACUCGCUUAAUACUUCGGGUGUGGCAAAUGUUGGCUGCCAUGGGAGCUUUUGGAUUUCAAGUGGGUGCGAGUCCUUAUUCAGCAGACCCUAUCCCUUUUGAAAAGCCCGAUCUUCUUUACUGUGGAUUUUCUAUAUGCUGGCUCUCCUUUUUUUGGAGUUCUUUCAACGUCUUUGUCUACCUAAGCAGACGGUUUGGUAACGGCAGCAAAAUUAAGCGAUUCGUUUCCAUUCUCUUUGACCUUACUCUGACGGCAUUAUUUGGCGUUUGCACUUUUUAUGAGAUUGCCACUUAUAAGUGUAAGCCUGGAUUACAUAAUGGAUGGUAACGCAUUGUUGAAUUUUUGAAUGUUUCGUUUUAAAAAAGAAAAAGAACCCAGAAACUGAAGCUGAUGUUUGUGGCCCCCGCGUUAGGUGUGAUUUUUUCAAUACAGGCCUGUUUUUCUUAGCCACUCUCUUUACGACCUAUCUUAUCCACACAACUUGGGAUAUCUUUAGUACCCUCACUUGUUUACGCACACGUGAAAUUGAAUAGUAGUAAUUUAAAGAAACAAUGAGCUGGGAGAGACAUGGCAGUCUCUAAAAAUCGAACGUUCAAAAACACAUUGCUUCUUGAUGUAAUAUUAUGUAUUUAACGAAAAUAAGUGUCGAAAGCCGCUCACCAUGGAAUGCGUGUUCACAGAAGU